UCUGGGUUUUCAGAUUAACACUAGAGUACAGAGCCUUCAGCCUUCAAAUUCUUAGCAUUUAGCAACUUCAACAAUUUCUACUUUCUUUUAUUUUUUUCGUUAUUAUUUACUAACUAAAUAAAAAAAUAAAUAAAAAAUCCUCACCCUUUCAAACACACUCUUCACCUUCCUUCAUUCUCCGGCAAUGGCGGUUUCUUCUCCUUCUUCUUGUUCUUCACCUUCAAUACUCUCACCUCUCAUUCUAAACACCAAAACAAAUCUUGGUUCAUCAUCAUCAAAUUCUUCUCCUUUUCCUCAUCUCUUCACUUUCUCUUCUUCUCGCACCAAUAAUCGACCCCUCUCUCUCAUAGUCUCAUCUUACACUAAAUCGGAAAAUGGAUUGGCGAGUAAAGAUAAAAAAAUCUUACUUGAGAAGUAUGGUUACGAUGUUGAUGCUGAUGACUACUUUUCUCAAUCGUCUUCCAAGUCAAAGAGGAGAAAGGAGCAACCUAAGAUGAAGAGAGGGAAGCAAGUGAAAGAAGAUUCAGCAGAGGAAGCUAAGCCUCCAAGGACUACACAUAAGUUGCUUCAGGUUCUUGGAGGGACGGCUCGAAGGACGAAGCUGCUCUCACCAAAGGGCAUGGAUGUGCGCCCCAUGAUGGAAGUGGUAAAAGGUGCAGCAUUUGAUAUAUUACAGGCGGCUGGUGGCUGUCCUGCAUCAUUGAGACCAGGGCGCUGGUUAGACUUGUACAGCGGUACAGGUUCUGUUGGUAUUGAAGCUCUCAGCCGAGGAUGUUCCGAGGUGCAUUUUGUGGAGAUGGAUCCUUGGGUUGUAUCGGAUGUUUUGCGUCUAAAUUUAGAGGCGACUGGAUUCCUUGAUGCCUCAAUCAUACAUACUGUCCGUGUCGAAAAAUUCUUUGAACGGGCAGAUCAAUUUGUAGGAAACAGUGGCCCAUUUGAUUACAUCAGUGUCACCCCUCCAUACACACAAGUUGACUAUGGGGUGCUCAUGAGGCAAAUUUCAGAGUCAUCCUUGGUUGGACAAGACACUUUUAUUAUUGUUGAGUAUCCUUUAAAAACCGACAUGUUGGAUUCAUGCGGGUGCCUUGUAAAGAUAACCGACAGGCGAUUUGGCCGGACUCUCUUGGCGAUUUACGGACCAACAUGGGCUCAAAAGAAGAGGAGAUGACUCCUUCAAAUUAUAGAAUUGCAGUAGAAUGUCUAAUCCAUCAAUGUGGGAUCAAAAGGAUUUAGGUUUUGGUCCUGAUAAUUCUCAAACAAACAACAUAAAAGCUAUACAAAAUUUUAAUCCAUGGAUGGAUACUGCUUAAAGAAAUUUUGUACCACUGAAUAACAAUAUGUGAAUUUAUUUUUGAGAUGAGUAUAUAUAAUAUUGUAAUCGUUCAUCUCAAAAAACCAAGUUCACUCAUAAUUUGAGAAUUAGAAGUAAUAGAUAUAAUA